UCCCGCUCGUAGGCAUUGCAAUCUCCGACGCGGAGAAGAAUACAUCGAGACAAGUCACGCGGUAUUCGUCAAGUUUCCAAACAAUCGACGUGAUCGUGAGGUUAAUCGUGAUCGCGAAUCGGGCGCGCGUGUAUAUCAUCGUGGGAUCGUCGUGAGCCACGGGAGCGAAACGUAACCUCAAAAAUCGGGGAGAGCUCACAGACGACCUGCAUAGGAGAUGCAAUUUCGGCGGCGGCGGCGGCAACAGUUCUACGAGAGGUGUUGUCCCGGAGACGGAUGCAGAUGCGGCACCGGAGGAUCCGGUUCGGGCCGGGCGCGGUCGACCCGAAGACCUGGGAGUGUGUGACGGAACGUGCCCAGUCCUGACUCCUGCAGAUUGUUCAGUGAGUGACAAACAAGAAUGAAUGAAGGAAUUUAUGGUGACAGGUCUUUUGAUAGAAUCUCGUUGGAAUCAAUUACUUUUCUAGUAGAUAGUUGCACGUGUGUUUGUGUAUGUCCUUACAUAAAACUCCCCGUUCGAAAUGAUUAAAGAUCGAGCAAUUAUUAGAUUGAAAAUCGCUUUUCAAACAUCUUUACUUCGCGAUCUUUUGCGAAGCGAGUCGCUAAUGUGUUUUGGAAACUACGGAAUUCACCGCAUCGCGAACGUGUUUCAGAAACAAUGAUAUUUACCAUGCCGCGCGGGUUUGUUUCGCAAAAGAACGGAAUUUACCGUGCCGCGAGUGUAUUUCGCAAAGCGAGAGAACUGAUCAUACCGCGAGUGUGUUUACUCUACCGCGAACCAGUCCCCGAGAAGUGUUGAAAUUAGCUUCACCGCGAGAAAUAUCCGCUAAAUAAAUUCUCUGAUUUUGUCUUUCAUUCUUCCGUCUUUUCUUCCUGUUUUGUUUCCUAUCGAGCUGAACCGAUAAUUCCGUUCCAAAAUAAACAAAAUGGUGUUUUAUUGAUGUCGUCGAGACAUUUGUAAACACCGUUGAAAUACUAAUCGCGAGAAUGUCCUCCAAACAAAAUAUUACGCCGCGGCGUAAUAAAUGCGGUCAACAUGGACCGAUGCGAGACUACAUCGGCGGUUGGAGAGAGGCUGGACAACACGGAGUUUUGGCCACGAAAGGUUGCAGUUUGGGACACAGAUUCAUCUUGGUGAACUCGUUUGGACGUCGAGGGACCUCAUCGGAAUUGAUCUGGUGCAGCUUGUAGCCGUGGCGAAGAUAUCCGUGAUUCCGGUGGUUGCGGAUACAGUGCCGAAGAAUUCGGGCCAAGCAGGCUCGGCUCGAAGAAUUGAAGGCAGAACGCGGCCGACCUUGAAUCGGCAAUGUUUGCGUACGCGCUGAAGUAUCUCUCUCGUCAGGACAAAGGACUCGCGCUUUUGGGACGACCUGUAUCACGGCGAGCGCCACAACAACGUUCGCCGGUGAAGUGUUCAUCGGCGAGAAAUUUACGAGACGAGGCGAGAGACGGGCACCAGCCAACAGGUGCUUUCUGCGAUCUCCCUCUGGCUGCGUUCACACGUUCGUACUGACCCUGCCCACGCGGGCCUCUCGGCCGGGCCCUUGCCCUUGAUCGCCUCCGCAACGGAAUACCGAGAAGUAUUCCGAUGUUCGGCGGGAAAAAACAACGAGGUAAGGAGGGAGGUAUAAGGUAGGUAGGUAGGUAGGUAGGUAGGUAGGUAGGUAGGUAGGUAGGUAGAUAGAUAGGUAGGUAGGUAGGAAAAGCAAAGCGGCGGAUGGGCCGAGGGAUUCCGGUCUGAAAUAGGAGCGUGUACCAAAAGAGCCGCCGCGAGGAGCCGUGCAAAAGGAAGACGCGGCACGGACGAGGGCGCAGGUAUAUUCAUUCAGAAGAUCACCGCGGCAUUAAACCCGAGGAGGGCACUCCUACCCAACUUCACCUUUUUAGUUAGGAAGAGAGGACCACUUGAGCGCGGCGAGCAAAAAGUCAAUAAUGCCUCGCGUGAGAAUGGCGCUCGUACUCUAACGCAGAAACGAGUUCCCGCGCGAGUAUAAUUCAGCAAACGAGCAGUAAAGAUGAAAUUUUCGGGUUUUUGAUAUUCGGGUCCCGCGAGAUUUCCUCUGGACGGGGAACUUCCGACUUAACCAGAACACGACGACGAAUUCGUUGCUAUAAAACGAGUUGAGGUCAACGCGCGCGCUGCGACGGAGGACUCGUUGACAGUUGCCUCGCGUUCGCAGGUAAAGGGACGGGACUGAACAUCAUGCACUUGGAGAAAACAUUGUUACAACGAGGCGUGUAACGUCUCUCGAACGGUCUUGCCAUGCGGGCGGUUUGUCUCAUCUCCGUGACCCAUCUUCGAUCAUCCUGCGAACGCAAUACCGAGAAGCGCCCGAGGAGGCGAUGGAACGACGAAAGAAAGGGAGAAAAAGGAGAGCUACUCGGGAAGAAAGCUGUAUGCGAGUAGGAUGAGAACGAAGAUGAGGAGGAAGAGGAGAUGAAGGAGGAGGUAUGUUAAGAAAGAGUAGAGAGAAAGAGAGAGAGAGAGAGAGAGAGAGAGAGAGAGAGAGAGAGAGAGAGAGAGAGAGAGAAAGGUCGAAGGAGAGGCGAAAGAAUUCCAGUUUGAAAUCGGAGUGCUCGCUAAAAGCGCCGCAUCGUCUCGUACCUGGCGGAGACGAGAGAGGGGGCUCGAAGCCGGGCAAGCGAGAAAGAGAAGGAGGCAGGUAGAUUCAUUCACAAGACCCCCACAGUUUCGACGCGGCGGCCCACUCCGCCGCGCCACGGCCGACGUCGGGCCUGUCGGGUCCCGUUUUACCCUCCUCUUCUCCUCUGCGCCUCUUCUCCCGCUCACCCCUCUGGGCCGGGGACCACCGGUUCUCGCAUACCAUUCGUCUCCGCGGCGGGGACCACCAACCGACAACGAGUCGAGAAACUCUGCCGGCCUUCCAGCACGUCGUUUCUUAUCCGUCUCUCCCUGCGAAGCGUAGACCAAACAAAGGAAUCCGAGAAGCGGCCGACGACGUCGGAAUUUCAGGAGCCUCUCGCAGCACCCUACCCUCUCCCUCGUCUCUUCUUCCUCUUCCUCUUCAUUCCCUCUUCUCUCUCUUUCUCUCUCUCUCUGGCUUUCUCCCUUCGUCGUCUAUCUAUCGUUGUCUGUCUUUCUCUCUCUACCUGCUUGGCGCUCCGACACCCCUCCCCCUCUCUACCGCCCCUUCAAGUCUCUCGUCUACGGUGUUUACGGCUACCUACGCGCCGCGCUCGUCGUCGUUCGCUUUCUCUCCGUCUGUCCGUUACCGUCGGGAAUAUCGGUGUUGCCUCCGCCGGCUCGCGAAUUGUACAACGGAAUCCUUGGCAUCCGCCUUGAUAAUGCACCUCGGCUCGCGCGUUAUUCCGCUUUGUUUUAUGCGGUAAGACUCGACGUUCUUUCGCCGAUUCGCUCGCUCGCUCCCGCACCAGCCGAUAAAAAUGGCAUGCCGUAACGUCGCCAACGAGAUUUACGGACCCGCGCGUGAAAGUAACGUUCGAUUCGGCGUCUCUGCAGCAUAUAAAAGCAGCUCGCGGAGAACAUUUUUUAUAUUCCAAAACAUUAUAAAUAUAAUUUGAAAUGACGUGUAUAUGUACGUGUAAAAGGUCUAAUAACAUAUAAUAAUAAAAUUUUACAUACGCACAUCACAAUCCUGAAAUUAAAAAUUUUUUGACCGUCCGAUUUGUCGUUGACUUGUACUACUUGGAUUAGUUUUUUAAUAUCUCCUCGCUCAUUGUAUCCUUCUGAUACAAAUCAAAGCGAACAAGCUGAAUUCUUUUCCGGAGAUUUAUAAUUUUGGUAUUAGAAAAAUAUACUGAACAAGAAGAGGUAGCUGUACAGUUAAUUCGUGCCACUUCCUCGUUUAUGAUAUUUUCUUGAUAUUCUCUUGAUAUUUUCUUGAAAUCUGCAAAUAGUGAAUUCUUGUCAAUUUUGAGUUUUAGUAUCGGGAGAAUAUAAUGAGCGAAGAGGUAGCACGACUUUUUCUGGCAGGAAAUUUGAAAACAUUAAUUACUAAUUUUUAAUGUCUAAUACCAGUGGAAAAUAUGAAGAAUAGAAUUGGUAUUCAUUGUGGUGAAUU